GCGACUUCCGCUCCCAGAGUCCACUGCGUCGGCGGACCAGGCGGAAGUGCGGCAGCCGGCGGAAGUAGUUCUCCCCGUGGGCUCCGAGGGCCGCGAGCUCCAGUUACUUUUAGGUAAAAAUGGCGAAAAGCUUACGGAGUAAGUGGAAAAGGAAGAUGCGUGCAGAAAAGAGAAAAAAGAAUGCACCAAAGGAACUCAGUCGCCUAAAAAGUAUACUUAAAGUAGAUGGUGAUGUUUUAAUGGAAGAGGUUAAAGACAUAGCAACUGUGGUAGCACCUGGAAAAAUCAAAGAGAAAACAGAUUCUGUGGGGAAAGAUCAAGAGGGUGAAUCGAAAAUGGAAGUGGAUGUUAAAAGAAACAAAAAGAGUCUUUUAGAUGAACACGGACAGUACCCAGUUUGGAUGCACCCAAGGCAAAGGAAAAAACUGAAGGCAAAACGGGGCAAAGGGAAAAACAAAGUGAAGGCAGCAAAAGCAGCAAAGGGUCUGGCCUGGUAG